UAUUUUAUUGCCGGUAAAUUGAAAUCAUCGGGAAAUAAUGCGUCGCAUUAAACACCCCUCGCGAAAGUGUGAAUUGUGGCGGUGAUUUUAUUUUAUUUGGUGAUAGGAUGGAUGUAAACAAAGGCCUAGUUCGUGACCGGUCGCGUUUUACAUAUUUCUUUGUACAAAAAGUAAACAAAAACGUAAUAAAAUUGGGUUAUCGGGGCGCUGAUACAAUCAACAUUAAAAUUAUUGACGCCACUUAAGCUGUCAUUAAGGCCAACACAAUUUUAUAGCUCCCGACUUAAAAGUGCAGACGAGCUAACUCAUUUGAUAUUUAUUUUACUUGAAAUAUAUUCACUAAUCCCUUAAUCAUUGAAAAUGUAUACAAACUUAUGUGUAUUUUCAUCAACUAAAAAUAGAACAAUACGAAACGUUAAUCAAUAAAGGUUUAAUUUUUAAAAUAAUUUUUAAAGUAGAUAAUUACAUUUUGCGUCAGUAUUUUAUUUUUAGCUCUAAAAUUUGACAAAACAGUCUCCUGAAUAGGCCUGCUGAUUAAAAUUACAAAAUACAAAUACACGAGAUGAGAUGACAAGACUUACAGAAAAAAUUAAAUGUUAGAGGUAAUCUGGAGUUUAAUUAACACAUUUCAAGCAAGUGGGAAUGUUGCGAACAUACUUUUAUGGAUUUUCUCUGACGUUAAUUGAUAUAGAUAGGUGCGGCUAUUUUAGGAAAAUUUUAUUUGAACCAACAUCGAUUUUAUUCAUGCUCGACAACAUUACAAUUUAAUAACGUGGUUAGCAUUUCGUCAAAACAAGAAAUGAGAUAUGCCAGAAAUGCUUUCUAUUAUUAGUAAUGACAAAGUUAUCAAAACAGUAAAAAAGCCAUUUGCUUUUAUAGUAUAUAAAAUAUCUCAACUAUCUUGUACAUACAUGCACACCAAUUUGCGUGAGCUUCCCGGAGCUUCUUCCACGGGAAUGAAUUUAAUUUAUUAGAAAGUCUGAAACAUGAAGUUUCCGUUAUUCUAAACUGAUCGCCUGACUGUGUUUCUCAAACAUUACCAUUAAGGUGUUAUCCAAUCAUUGCUUGUAAGCGAGCCUUCCGUUUGCACUAAAAUGUGAACCAUAUUUCUGUUUUGAUUAAUGACAAAGUUUACUAGAAAACCGCCAGUGUCAGGGAUAAAAUUAAUUUCAAAACCGCUGACACUUUCAUUCAUUUCUGAGCAGAAGGAAGGCGAUUAUUGUUUCAAGUUUAUUACUAAGUUAUUUCGUGUAUUCUUAACAUUCGCAACAUUAAUAAACAUAAACAAAUGUGUUUGUGCAAAAGUAGUUUAUUUUAGUUUCUUUCUAUUAUUGAAAAGCGAUUGUAAGCAGUCAUACAAUGUAUUGUGAUUUAUGCAUUUUAUGUGAGAAUAAAUGUUCAAAAUCCAUCUGUUUGACUUUCCAUGCACGCAUUAGAAACCGCAGUCAAAAUUGGGUCAGUUCUUUUGGAACAAUGAAUUUCUUUAAAAAAUUUCCAACGUCGCAAUUUAGUAAGUUAUUAAGUAGUUUAGUAGUUAAGUGUGUAGAAAGCUUUUAAAAAUUGAUUCAAAUAAUUAAAAUUUCCGUUCGGUCACGCAAACAAUUACACCAAAGUAGUAUUCCUACUUUGUUUAAAAUCACUUUGAGGUAGAUAUCAACCACGUCAAUCUGCACAGUAAUUUGCAAACUGCGGUAAAAAAGUUGAUCGCAGUCAAUUUAGCAAAAUAUAAUUUAAUUGCAGUAUCAGCAUAAAAUAGCGAUUUACUUUGGAGAAUUUUAAGAUAAUGUCUCAGCCACCAAACGCAGUAUUAAAUGGUCCUUCACCUGAAAACAAUGUGCCUUUUAAAGAUGCUCAACCCCCACAAGACCCGCCGAAAACACAGCAGAACGGUAACGGAACUCCGCAACAGUUCCCGGGAUAUGCAACGGCUCCAAGACCGCCUUUGACACGCCUAGACAGCCGGAGUUCCCUCCCGUUGCGUCCAGGCUUCCCUCCUGGUCCCCCCAGACCCCAGCAAAUCCGGCAACCCAUUCCUGGCCAACAGCAAUUCAUCCAGAGACCCCCCGGAGGGGCACCCAGACCGCCAGGUCAACCCCAAUUCAUCCAGAACCAAGCGAGACCCAUCAAUCCCAAUUUCCGCCCAGCUUCUCCUUUCCCAAGACCCCAACUUCCACAAGGACAACCAAGACAGAUUUUCCAACAAAGAUCAGUCCCGGCUUUUAACCAACCAAGACCACAACAAAUCGACGAUCAUUUGAUCAGAAGUCAAACGCUGGAUUCCUCAGAUUUGACCCACAAACCCAUUGACAAUGUCAGGGCUAGUCAGGAAGAUUCGGCUAAAUCCGCCCUAAAUGCCAUGAAAAACCGGAGUUUUAGCAUGAGUUCGAAUGUUUCUGAGCCACACAGUGUGUCUGAAGAGGAGCGGAGGCGCUCCGUUAGUAGUAUUGGAAGUUACGAGGAGAGAAGAUCGGUUUCUGGAUCUUUGGAGAAUCUGGAUAAGAAGCAGGAAGAUUAUCCCUCGCGUCCAGAAUCGCGGUCUAGUGUUAGAAUGAACAGAAUUAUGGAAGAUGAUGAUAAAAUAAAUGUUUCCCAUAAAUCUCCUUCCCCACAACUAGACAUGGCGCAGAAAAAUGUUGAUUUUAAAUUACCAGUUCAAGAAAAUAAAAACAAGUCACCCUCGCCUGUCGGCAGAGUUGUAGAUAAAGUUGAGGAAAAAGACGAUGUGUUUAUCUCUAAACCAAGAGAGGAAAAGUUGGUUAAAAAUGUACAAAACGGUGUUUGUGACGACAAAAAGCCCGAUUCCAAAAGCUUGGAAUUGAAAAACUUAAAGAAAGCAAAGUCUCCUUCUCGCUCAGAAGGUGAUAACGAUAGUGGCGUAGACGAAUCUACUCAAGGAAAUGACCAAUCUAGCAACGGCGACCACAGCUCUCCCCGAAAGUCAUCGGGAAAAACUCCAAGUCGCACAUCUUCAACCACACCAACCAAGAACAGAUCACUAUCACGAGGAUCAAAAUCACCCAGUCUCAAAAGUCCAGACUCGACUGCAAGUACUCCCGGAACAACAGAGAAAAAAAAAGUUCCUAUGAACAAGAUCCAAGUGGGAUCGGCUCCUUCCCCGAAUUUGAAGGUAGUUAGAUCAAAAAUUGGAUCGUUAGAAAACGCCAGUUACAAGCCAGGAGGGGGCAAAGUUAAGAUAGAAAGUAAGAAAUUAGACUUUAAGAAAGCUGCCCCGAGGAUCGAGGCCAAAAACGAGGCAUACACUCCCAAAGGGGGCGAUAAAAAGAUCCAGCAGCAAAAACUUCAGUGGAAUGCGAAGUCAAAAGUUGGUUCUUUAGAAAACGCGACGCAUAAACCCAAAGGUGGCGACAAGAAAAUUGAGACUGUGAAAUUAGAUUUUAAGGACAAAGCUAAGCCGAAAGUUGGCUCCAAGGAUAAUAUUAAGCACGUGCCGGGUGGUGGAGAUGUAAAGUUUGACGAUGAUUUUGAAGAAGAGGAAAUUGAGAACAAGAAGCUGGAUUUAAAAGUGCAGAGCAAAGUGGGGAGCUUGGACAACGUCAAGCAUAAGCCUGGCGGAGGCGACAAAAGGAUCUUCGACGAUAAGGAAUAUUUAAAGCAGAGGUCGGCUAUUUCUAGCGAGAAUCAUUCGCUGUGUGGUUCUCAGAACUCCUUGCCGUCCCAACCGGAAGCCGGAGGUCCAGUAGCUGAUGAAAAUCUCAACCAAGAACGUUAAUUUGUUAUUUUUUAAUUAAUGUGCCGUCUCUAAACCUAUAUUAGACCAGUUGAUACUUGGAUAUAGUUCUUUAACUACCGAUAAACAUGUGGUUGGAAUACAUUUGAGAAGUAACAUUAACUUACUGAUACAGCAUGAGGCCCGUGUUCGAAAUGCAUGUAUUACUUGGAGAAUAAUAAAUUGUAUAUUCAUAGAGUAUAUUUAGAUUCCACUAACACUAACACUGUAUUUUCCACUAAAAUGCUGAGGUUCUAGUGUCACUUUGCUUAAUUUUCCUUUCAUUUCGAGUAAAAUAAGCAAAUGCUGUUCGUUUCAAGAAUAUAUUUUUCAAUGUAAAGUAAUAUUAAUGUACGAUAAAAUAGUUUGGUGUUGUGAUACCUAGAAUAAUGACCAAACGAUCAACAUUUUUGUACUGUUUAUUAAGGUUGAAACAAAAUUAUUUCCUCUAGUUUUAAUUUACAUUUGUAGUUGAUAGCGUUAAAAUUGUGGUUAUUCGUUGUAAAAAGCUUAUCAAAACGUUUUAUCCUUUAAGCGAGAAAUCUUUCAUUUUGAAGCGUUUUGAUACGUUUCAGUUAUGCUGUUUCCAGUAAAAAUAUUUUAUUUUGUUUUGCAAAAUAGAUGGUAUUGAGUAUAUCAUCACUGUAUUAACUUUAUAAGAAGCAUUAAUAAAAUGUGCAUUAGUAUAUA